AUGGAGAUCCUGGACUCGAGCGAAAGCUUGCUGCACUGGGAUCGCAACCUAAGCGAGCUGUCCGAAGCCGGAGAUAUGGAUUGCGCCCUCUACACUAAUCACUUCUCCGAGCUUUUGGACGACCUCUCCCACGACGCUCUGCUGGGCCAGCUGCUGAGCGACCCUUUUCUGUCGGGGGCGCGGGGCUGCGGCGCGAGGAGCGACGACGGCGAAGGGGAAGACCGCGGCGACCUGUGCGCGUCGUCACCCUUGCCGCACAUCGCCGCCGAGCACAGCUACUCUCUGUGCGGCGACAGCAGGCCGCAGUCGCCGCUUUCGCACCUGACCGGCGAGCGCGGCAGCGACGCAGAAUCUGAAGGCGACUCGUCCGAGUGGCCCAUGGAGCAGGACGACGGCAUGGAGGGUCUCCUGUGCCGCGCCCCUUCCCUCCUGCUCGCCCUGGGGUCCGUCGAGGAUCCCCGAGCUCCGGAGGACCCCGCCGUCAGCCCCCCUCGCUCCCCCGUCGGCAGCCGUAACCACGACAAAAGCGUCAAAGUCAAGGAGGAAGAGGUCUUUCCUGAGAUUAAGCUGGAGCCUCACGAAGUGGAUCAGUUUCUCAAUCUGUCCCCCAAAGGUCUAGAGGCACUCCAGAUGCCACCCACCCCUCCCAGCUCGCACGGCAGCGACUCCGAGGGCAGCCAGAGCCCUGUGCGCGCCUUGCCGGGCCUGUCCCGGCCGACCUCGCCCGCCCCGGCCCAGCUGAAGGCGUCCCCCCGCGGGAACUCGUCCUCCUCGCUGUCCAACUCGCCCCUUCUCACCGCCCCCCAUAAACUUCAAGGCUCGGGACCGCUGAUGCUGACCGAGGAAGAGCGUCGCACUCUGGUGGCCGAAGGCUACCCCGUUCCCACCAAGCUGCCGCUCACAAAAGCCGAGGAGAAGGCGCUCAAGAAGAUACGCAGGAAGAUUAAAAAUAAGAUUUCGGCUCAAGAGAGUCGCAGGAAGAAGAAAGAGUACAUGGAUACGUUGGAGAAGAAGGUGGAGACAUGUUCCAACGAAAACAACGACCUCCGCAGGAAAGUGGACACACUGGAGUGCACCAACAAGUCUCUGCUGCAGCAGCUCCAAGCCCUGCAGGCUUUGCUGUCCGGCAAAGUGUCCAAAUCGUGCCGAGCGGCCGGCACUCAAACGUCAUCCUGCCUAAUGGUGGUGGUGUUGUGUUUCGCUCUCUUUCUGGGGAGCUUCUACCCAACGGGGCUCACGUCCGAAUCCGGCCCGGUCGAUAGCGGCCCCGCCUCCGGCCGGCUGGCACUCAAAGAAUCGUACACCGCCACAGUCAAGUCCAGAAGUCUACUGUCCACCUUCGAGGACGAGCCGCCGCCCGUCCUGGGACUGGGCGGCGAGUACCCCGACCAAUGGGAGGAUGCGACGGGCGCCGUCGUCAUGGCGGCGUGGCGCCGUUCGGGCGAGCAGCACCACAAAAUAACGGCGGCGGAGACCAGCCGCGCCGAGAUGCAUCCGCCUUUCAGGAGCAAAAGCAACACAACCACCGCAGAUGGCACGUACAGAUCUUUCGAGCAGAGGGCGACGAGUAGCAUCGCGUUGGAGCGAAGUGUCAACGAGACCUCCUGA